AUGGCUGUCGCCUACCUGCUGGGCAACGGGUCCGCGCCGCUGCUCGCCGGAGCCCUGGAGGUCCCGUUCGCCGCCAACGCCUCCGCCUGCCGCCCGCCCGGGCCGCCCUGCCCGGCCUGGGGCAACGCCUCGGCGGCGCUGGGCUGGAACCGCUCCGAGCCCUGCGGCGGCGGCAAUGGCAGCGCGAACGGCGGGCCCUGCGCGCCCGCGGGCGGCGGCCCCUCCGUGGUCACCGCCAUCGCCAUCAUGGCCCUCUACUCCGUGGUCUGCGUCGUGGGGCUCUUCGGCAACUUCUUGGUCAUGUAUGUCAUUGUCAGGUACACGAAAAUGAAGACUGCCACCAACAUCUAUAUUUUCAAUCUUGCAUUAGCAGAUGCCCUAGCAACAAGUACUCUGCCAUUCCAGAGUGUGAAUUACUUGAUGGGAACGUGGCCAUUCGGUACCAUCCUUUGUAAGAUUGUUAUAUCCAUAGACUACUACAAUAUGUUCACCAGUAUCUUCACACUCUGCACCAUGAGUGUGGAUCGCUACGUGGCUGUUUGCCAUCCAGUUAAGGCCCUCGAUUUCCGUACCCCCCGAAAUGCCAAAAUUAUCAAUGUCUGCAACUGGAUUCUUUCCUCUGCCAUUGGCCUGCCAGUUAUGUUCAUGGCAACGACUAAAUACAGGCAUGGCUCAAUUGACUGCACACUUACAUUCUCCCACCCUGCUUGGUACUGGGAGAACCUCCUGAAAAUCUGUGUCUUCAUCUUUGCCUUCAUCAUGCCAGUCCUGAUCAUUACCGUGUGCUAUGGGCUGAUGAUUUUACGCCUGAAGAGUGUCCGCAUGUUAUCCGGCUCCAAAGAGAAGGAUAGGAACCUGCGGAGGAUCACGAGGAUGGUUCUUGUGGUGGUGGCAGUGUUUAUUGUCUGCUGGACUCCCAUCCACAUUUAUGUUAUCAUUAAAGCCCUGGUCAACAUCCCAGAAACUACUUUCCAGACUGUCUCCUGGCACUUCUGUAUUGCUCUAGGGUAUACAAAUAGCUGCCUUAAUCCAGUCCUUUAUGCAUUUCUAGAUGAGAAUUUCAAAAGGUGUUUCAGAGAGUUCUGCAUCCCCACUUCCUCAACCAUUGAGCAGCAAAACUCCACCCGAGUCCGACAAAACACUCGUGACCAUGCUUCCACUGCCAACACUGUGGAUAGGACUAACCAUCAGUUGGAACUUCAAGAAGCUGAAACCACUCCACUGCCGUGACAGGGUCUCCUGCUGCAUGGCUCUCAGAGCAAUUCCACUGCCACAGUGUGCCAGUGGGAACAUGUAGGAUAUGCUU